GUUUCAAUGCUUGGAUUCAGACGGGUAGCAAGACUGAGAGCGCCUUGAUCCAGGACCUGUUGCGGAAGCAUUCAAAGACGGCGCGGCAAUCGAAGGUCGAGCAACCGGCCGUAUAGACAUUGUUCAACAAAUCCUUCAGAGGUUUGAAAUUGGAAUAAGAUAACAAAGUAUUAGUAGCCGUAGCCUCCAUGAGCAGCAGCAAAGCAAGGAAUUUUCGCCGCCGUGCCGGGGAUGACGAAGACGAGGGCACCGGCGGCGACACGGUCUCAACAACCAACCCGGUCAAACCCCCGUCGAAACCGUCGUCCAUCUCUGGCACCAAGCCUAAGAAGCCACAAGCCCCCAAGCUUCUCAGUUUUGCCGACGACGAAGAGAAUGAAACCCCAUCGCGUUCGAAACGGCCCGUUUCGGACAAGUCCUCUUCUCGCCUGGCCAAGCCGUCUUCCUCCUCCCACAAGAUGACUGCCCUGAAAGACCGUAUUGCUCAUUCCUCGUCGGCCAUCGUUCCUGUUCCUUCUAAUGUUCAGCCCCAAGCUGGAACCUACACCAAAGAAGCACUCCGUGAGCUCCAGAAGAACACACGAACUUUGGCCAGCAGUUCUCGUCCUUCUUCGGAGUCUAAACCCUCAUCUGAACCUGUUAUUGUAUUGAAAGGCCUGGUGAAACCUGCGGAACCAGUGAAAGAAGCACCGAAAUCGGAUUCUGAGGACGAACAAGAUGAGCUUAAGGAGAAAAAGGCUGACUUCUUUCGCAGUGUUAGAGAUGAUGCCCAGGACAAAUUGGCUUCAAUAGGGCUCACAAAUAACAAGAACUCAUCUGGGUCGCUGAUUCCUGAUGAAGAGACCAUAAAAGCUAUCCGGGCCAAGAGGGAACGACUGAGGCAGGCUCGUCCAGCAGCACCAGAUUACAUCUCUUUGGAUGGUGGAAGCAAUCAUGGUGCCGCUGAGGGGUUAAGCGAUGAAGAACCCGAGUUCCGUGGUCGAAUUGCCAUGCUUGGACAGAAAAUGGAAGGGGGAAAGAAGGGUGUCUUUGAAGAUGUAGAUGAGAGAGCCAUGAAUGUGCGCUUAAAGGAUAUUGGAGACUUUGAUGAUAAUGAUGAUGAGGAGGAGAAGAUGUGGGAAGAAGAGCAAUUUAGGAAAGGAUUGGGAAAAAGAAUGGAUGAAGGGUCUAAUGCUAGAGCAGGCAGCACUGAUGUUCCUGUUGCUCAAGGUGUCCAGCAGCAAAAAUUUGCUCCCUCAGCCGCUACUGCAUAUAGUGCAGCUUCAAGUGCCUCAGUAAGUCCCAGCAUAGGAGGAGCGAUAGGGGCAUCACAAGUAUUGGAUGUGAUGUCCUUAUCUCAACAAGCUGAGAUCGCAAAGAAAGCUCUGCAAGACAAUGUUAGGAGACUUAAGGAAUCCCAUGGACGAACAGUGUCAUCAUUGAAUAAAACUGAUGAAAAUUUGUCUUCCUCACUUUUGAAUAUCACUACUCUUGAAAACUCCUUAGUAGCAGCAGAUGAGAAGUACAGGUUUAUGCAAAAGCUUAGAAGCUAUGUGGCGAAUAUAUGUGACUUUUUACAGCAUAAAGCUCCUUAUAUUGAGGAACUUGAGGAGCAGAUGAAGGGUCUUCAUGGAGAUCGUGCUUCAGCUAUCUUUGAAAGAAGAAACACCAAUGAUGAUGAUGAAAUGAAGGAGGUAGAAGCAGCUGUGAAAGCUGCAAUGUCAGUUUUCAACAGGAAAGGUAGAAAUACUGAAGUAAUUGCUGCUGCUGCAAGUGCAGCUCUGGCUGCUUCUACUGCUGCAAGAGAGCAAAGAGACCUACCAGUGAAGUUAGAUGAAUUUGGUAGAGAUUUAAACCUUGAGAAACGGAUGAAAAUGAAAGCACAGGAAGAGGGACGCCAACGCAGGAAACUUCAGGCACUUAAACCUAAUAAACAGGCAUAUAUGGAAAUAGAUGAUCAAAAGAUAGAGGGAGAAUCCAGCACUGAUGAGAGUGAUAGUGAAAGCCAAGCUUAUCAAUCACAAUGUGAUUUAUUGCUGCAGACUGCGGAUCAAAUUUUCAGUGAUGCAGCUGAGGAAUAUGGCCAGCUCUCUUUGGUUAAAAAAAUAUUUGAAGAAUGGAAAAAACAUUAUUCAUCAAGCUAUCGUGAUGCUUAUAUGUCAUUGAGUCUUCCAUCUAUCUUCUCUCCAUAUGUGAGGUUGGAACUCCUGAAGUGGGAUCCACUCCGCAAGGCAUCUGGUUUUCAAGAUAUGAAAUGGUAUAAAUUGUUGUUCACCUAUGGUUUGCCUGAAGAUGGUAAAGAUCUGGUGGAUGAUGAUGAUGUCGACCUUGAACUUGUCCCUAAUUUGGUGGAGAAGGUUGCACUUCCUAUUCUUCAGUAUGAAAUUGCCCAUUGCUGGGACAUGCUUAGUCUACAGGAAACAGUUAAUGCAAUUACUGCUACGAAGUUGAUUGUACAACAUGUGUCUCAUGAGAGUGAUGCUCUUGCUGAUCUAUUAGUUUCCAUUCGGGCACGAUUGGCUGAUGCUGUUGCUAAUAUUACGGUCCCAACAUGGGGUCCGCUGAUACUAGCUGCUGUUCCCGAUGCUGCACGAGUCGCAGCAUAUCGAUUUGGUGUGUCCGUUCGACUAUUGAGAAAUAUUUGCCUGUGGAAGGAUGUUUUUGCAAUGCCAGUAUUAGAGAAGCUAGCCCUUGAUGAGCUUUUGUUCGCAAAAGUUUUACCUCACUUUCGAGUUAUUUCAGAAAAUGUACAUGAUGCAAUAACAAGAACAGAACGGAUUAUUGCUUCCAUAUCUGGCGUAUGGGCUGGCCCAAGUGUUGUAGGAGAUAGGAGUCGCAAGUUGCAGCCACUGGUUGAUUAUGUGCUGUCACUGGGAAGGAUUUUGGAGAAAAGAAAUGUUGGUGGUGUAAUGGAAGGUCACACAAGUCAACUUGCUCGGCGUUUGAAGAAAAUACUCGUUGACCUUAAUGAAUAUGAUAAUGCCAGGAACAUAGCCAGAACCUUCCAUCUGAAGGAGGCAUUGUGAGCUCGGAGCUGUGACAAAUUUAGGAUUAUUUUCUAGGGGCCUCCUUACAACCGAAGUGGGCUUUUAUACUGAACAUUCAUGUGGGGUAUGCAUUACAAUUGCAUGUCGUAUGGACCAUGAAAAUUACUGAGUUAUCUCACCCCCACACCACAGACAAAGGCGUAUGAAUAAGAACCUGCUGGGACAUGUGUACUUCAUCAUUGUUCUUUCUCUCACAGACAUGGCAGAGUUCUAACAGCAACCAUAAGAUGCAUAUAUUCCCUCUUCUUUCUGGUUGUGCAGAGGGAGGCAUUCCUUCGUCCUUGCCGCCGGUUGUUUUGCCGUUGGUUCUGCUGGGUUUGGGGUCCAAGAGGAAAGAGAGAUAUUGUAAAAAUUUCGCCGGGUUUUUAUAAUUCGUGUUUUUAGGGGAUUAUAUCAUCAUAAGUUGACUCUAGCCUAAUGCUAAUGUUCAAAGUUUUGGUUUAUCCAGAGGAUCUUCACUGAUAGGCUUUCCAUAUGACUAGGAAUUACCUUUCUCAUUAGUGAUGUGAGAACAUGCUUCCCUGAAUGAAUUCGUUGUCCUUGUUUAAA